CCAAGCUCGAGCCGGGCACGAGCGUGCCCGCGUCGCUCUUAAUUCGGUUUUCGCGUAUAUUUAGAAACACGGCGAGAUGCCAUCGACUAUGUGUCUCCGAUACUUCCUGAUAACCUAUGUCAUCGUCCUCUCGAUAUCUGGAGGGGCUGUGAUCGGUGGUAGCAGUAUUUUCAUUUAUCAGCUAUGCGAACACGGGCUUCUGGCUUACGACAAUGUUUGCGGCCCGCCCGCCAUUUUGUUAUCAGUGGGGGUGAUCGUUAUUUUAUUUGGCUGGUGCGGGAGGCAAGUCAUGGGACACACUCACAAAAAUCAAAUUCUAUGUUAUGCCGUGUUACUGGGAUUCAUCGCCAUGAUAGAAUUAUUCGCCGGCGUUUGGGCUCUCGUCAGGCACGAGCAAAUCGGCGCAGUUCCUCCGACAUCUUUUGGGCCUAAUAUUUCUCAAGAAAUCACAGAGGACGAAACGCAAGGCGUGAAUCAUCGCACGAUAAUAAUCCAUUGCUGCAAAAUCCAAGGAGGGGCAGAUUUUGGGAAUUAUUUGUCAGCAUCCUGCUGCAACGGGACCGAUAGCGAAGAUUUUCAAGUUGACGACGCAUCUUGUGCAGCGAUGUAUGUUAGGUGUCAUCACUCGGUGACGAAUCAAACCAGGUCGGUGCUGCUCCACGUCUUUCUCCUUGGACUCUGCUCGUCCCUUUUUCAGAUUGGUUGCAUCAUUUCCGCGGUGUACUAUGCAGUCGCCAUCAGUAAACGCCUGGGGCGUAGAAGAAUGGAAAUUAUAGCAAAUUCCCUAUUAACGACGCGCCCUAGCACGGCAGAAGUAAAUGGUAAUCCUGGUUAUCACUCGUGUCAUUCUGCUGGUGCCAAAACGAACGAUUCGCAUCGAUUAUCGACAUCAUCGAAAGAGACCUGACUUGUUGUUGCGUUGGUUUUACGUUUUAAGAUUAACUCCUAGCAUUAUUCACAUUAUCAUGUUAUUAUCGCGUAUUAUCACGUUAAUGUCAUUGACCGCCCUAGAUCUCCAAUGCGCUAUGCGGUAAUUUAUUAGUAUUGUACUCCUGGGUCUUGAUUAACAAUUUAUUUAUUUUUAAUUCGUCGGGCACGAUCAGUGUACCGCAAGGUACUUAGGUCUCGUCAAGAUUAUUACUAUAACGGGAUCCGACAUAAUCUACGAUCUUCCCCUAUUUUCAUUUUUUUUUAUUCUUCAAGGGACUACCGCCUGCAAUAUGCAUCGUAUUUAAACUACUAACUCAGUUGAAAUUGUGAUAUGUUAUCUUAUGAGCUUUUAUUAUUUUUAAGAAAUCAUGGCAAUUUUUGUAUUCGCCUUUACGAAGAAGCAAGUUUUGUAACGUUGUUCAGAUCAGAGGAAAAUUACCUAUCCGUACAGAUUUGUCAUGAAUUACUUUAUUACGACUUGGUCUUCAGUUUGGACCACAUUAACGUGAAUUGAAUUAAAAUUGUGAUACGUUA